AUGCUUUCUAACCGUGGGGAAACGUAUGCCGAGGCCGGGUUGGCUAACGCUUACCUCGGCCACCUAAAAACCCCCUUCGAUAAGGAGAACAAAGAAGGCGUUGUGUCUUUCAGCAAUGCAGAAAAUAUAGCAUCAGGUCUUGACCGUACAAGUCUUACAUACCAUGAAGGCCCCUUUGGCUCCAGACGUCUCCGAGAAGCCAUGGCUGAGCUGAUUACUAGCUACUUUUACCCUGCUUCGCCGAUCACAUCUGACAACAUCCUUUUCACGAGCGGCGUAACCAGCCUAAACGCAGUCUGUGCUCUCUGUCUGACCGAUCCUAAAGACGGGAUUUUGCUCGGUCAGCCUAUCUACGGCUCCUUUAACGGAGAUUUCUCCGUUCCCUCCAGCUGCCAACUAAUCUAUGCUUCCUUCCAAGGGGACGAUCCAUUCGGUCCAAGUGCUAUGAUUCGGUAUGAGGAAGCCGUUUUAAAAGCACGAGAUGAGAAUGGGGUGUCAGUCCGGGCUCUCCUAAUCUGCAACCCUCAUAACCCGCUUGGUCGAUGCUACCCGCGGGAGACUCUAGUGGCGCUCCUGCAGUUCUGUCAAAAGUAUCAGAUCCACCUUAUCAGCGAUGAGGUUUACGCGUUGUCGGUUUACGAAGAGGAUAAUUCCACGGAUGGCUUUGUUUCUGUUUUAUCAAUCGAGCCCGCCAACAUUGGGGUGAAUCCUGCGUUGAUUCAUGUGCUGUACGGGAUGUCGAAGGAUUUCGCCGCUGCGGGUUUACGACUGGGAUGUUUGAUCAGCCAGAACCAGAGGUUCUUGCAGGCGGCAUUAUCAACAAGUAUUGCGGGGUUUUUCCUGUGGAUUGACCUUUCUAAGUGCUUGGAUCCUACACUCAUCGCUGAUCAAGGCGGCUGGGCCGCAGAGUCGGAUCUAUCCAACCGGUUACUACAGAUUGGGGUAAAGAUGGCGUCAGGUUAUGCCUAUCAUAAUGAGGUUCCAGGCUGGUUCCGCAUCAUAUUUUCGGUAGAAAUGGAAACCCUGAAGGAGGGUUUGUCAAGGAUCGUCAAGUUCUAUCUCAGCUCGGGUGGAUCAUCUUAG